AUGGAGCAUCUUCUCUUGGCUUCCAUCCCCAUCGUAGUCGCCACCAUGCUCUUCUUGAUCAUAUUCAUCAAGAAAGAAUUCAGCAAGUCCGAAGCCCAAUACCCGCGACCACCCCCUGGUCCGUGGGGGCUGCCAAUCAUCGGAUGCAUGCACCACAUGACCAGCCGGCUCCCCUUCCGCGUAUUCCGCCACCUCUCUCUCACCUAUGGGCUGCUCAUGCUUGUCAGAAUUGGCCGGGUAGACUUCGCGGUGGCCUCCUCCCGGGAAGUCGCCCAAGAGAUCUUGAAGAACCAAGACCCCAACUUCGCCGCGCGACCGGAGCUCGUCGUAGCAGAUAUCAUCUGCUACGGUUGCUCCGACGUUAUCUUCUCCCCCUAUGGCCCCUACUGGAAGCAACUGCGCUACAUCUGCUUCAUGGAGCUGCUCCGAACCAAGCGCAUCCGGUCUUCCGCCUCCAUCAAGCAGGAAGAGACCCUUAACUUGAUCCGAGACAUCUCUACGGCAACACAGCCGAUCAACCUGAGCGAGAAGCUCUUCAGAAUGUCCAACGCCAUCAUAUCCCGGGCGGCGAUUGGCGCACGAAGCAAGCACCAGGAGACGUUCAUCUUGAUCGCCAGGGAGGUCAUCGACGUGCUUGGAGGGUUCUAUGUCGUCGACACGUUUUCGUCGCUAAAGCUCCUCCAUGUCCUGUCAGGUGUCAAGUUCAAGUUGCAGAGGAUACGUCGGUGGCUUUAUAAGAUCUUUGAUGACAUAGUUAAGGAACAUGAGGUUAAGGUCAAGAUUGAUGGGGAUAUAAACAGGAAUAACCUUUGUAUAGGAACAAAUACUAGAAGACCAAAAUAUGCAGCGGAAUAA